AUGGCAUGUUCAUCAACUCUCCCCAAGCUGGUCCUGAGCCUUCUUGUCUUCUAUAUCUCAUCCGUUGUAUCUGCUUCGUCAAUUCCCACUGUGGAGGGGCCUAUCACUGGGGGAAUUAAAGGAUAUCCAUUCGGAGCGCCUCCACAAAAUGUGACCCCUGGAUACUUUCAAGAGGAAUAUUUCCUGUCCAACAAUGCUACCAGGUAUAACUCGAUCGGAAAUCUCAGCGAGACUGGUGUGUGGACCAUUACGCCCUCGACCUCGGCCCCAUACAAAACACGCAUUGUCGUCCAACGUCCCGCAAAUGCGUCAAAAUUCAAUGGAGACGUGAUCGUCGAGUGGAUCAAUGUAUCGAGCGGGUUCGACAUCAUGAUUGCCAAACCACCUGGCAUCUACGAGGCCGGCUAUGUAUAUGUUGGGAUUUCUGCCCAGUUCGUGGGCAUUAUCGGAGCGCCUCCACACAAUAUAGGACUCACCGAAUGGGAUCCUGAACGGUAUGGGACUUUGUCAAUCCCUGACGAUGGCCUCUCAUACGACAUUUACACACAACUUGCGCGUCUCCUCCAGGCAGAAGCCAGCGGAGCUUCAGGUCAGCCACUGGUCCUGGGGGGCCUCAAGCCCAAGCACAUCAUUGGGAUAGGGGUUUCCCAAAGCGGUGGAAGAGUGCUUGCCUAUGCGAACGGAGUGCAGCAGCUUGAGAACGUCUACCAUGUGAUUAUGCCGCUUCUGUGCGGUGGUGAAGCCUCUGACUUCAGCUCCGCUCCCGCCCAACCUAACUUGUCCGACUUCAGUUUUGCCUUCCCAUCUAAAGUCCGACCAGAUCUCAAGAUCCCUGUGAUGGAGAUAGCAUCUGAAUCAGAAGCACUCAACUAUUUCGUGGUCGGUUCUCGUCAACCAGACACCCAGACUUUCCGCUACUGGGAAGUGGCCGGUGCAUCUCACUUCAACACACCGCUGCUCGAGCAGACUGUGGCGCUCACAACUUUUGAAGGCGUACCUUUCCCGGUGGGGAAUCAGUCUGACGAUGUCAGCUGGCUGCCCACCCUAGAUGCUGCAUAUCGCCAUGUGUCUGUCUGGCUCAGGACCGGUACUCCACCCCCGAGUAUGCCAAAGAUACAGAUUGCCUACAAUGGCUCCACUCCGAUGCUGGCGCGCAACAAGGUGGGCAAUGUGAUCGGCGGUAUUCGUCUACCAGAAAUCACGGUUCCUAUCGCUUCAUACAUUGGGCUAGUGGACGGGGUGUCGCUGGUUGGAUCGACCACCCCGUUUUCUCCAGCUUUACUUAAGCAAUUAUACCCAAAUCAUACCGACUACGUCAAGGAGGUCACCGCUGCAGCCGCGGCAUCUCUGGCUUCGGGUGUCAUUCUACCCUACCGGGUACAGCAGUAUGAUCAACAGGCGCAAAGCGCGAAUAUUCCACCUCAGUAG